GAGAGAGAGAGAGAGAGAGAGAGAGUCUGUCUUUGCCAGUUUUCUCCUCAGCUCCAGAAAGAGGCAGAGCCAGAGAAGUGAUAUUUCAGGAAUCAUAAGAGGUCCACAAACGUGUGAUUGGGAGGCAGAUGAAGAGAAAGCAUUCCUACACGUGAGGCACCUGCACAGCGAGACUGACAGCAAACACAGGCAGCAGCAACAUGAAGUUGGAGCUUCUAUUUCGUGAGCUACCACGCUGAGUCUUCCACCUGGAGCCAGGAUGUGAGAUGGAUGGUGUGACAACAAAGGCCGUCACUGUGCUGUAACCACUGUGCUGUUCUCUUUCCACUGCAGUUUCAUUCAUGGUAUUGUAAAGCCGAGCCUAACCACAGAGUGAAGUUACACUUUGCACCAGUUGACUUUGAAGCCUGUGCAGACUGCUGUCAACGAUGUAAUCCCUCUUUAAUUGGCUUCACACGCAGCCCUGGUGCAAAUGAUUCAUCUCACCUCCUCAUAAAAAAAGCCUUACUCUCCGUGUCUGAAUCGGCUUCUAUGACCUGUGAGGAUUAUGAGGCCGACAUUAGUGCUUUUACAGUCACAGUGUUUCCUGUGUGUGUUUUUUGGUGUGUGUGUGCCCGGUGUUGCGGGCUCACUACCUCACACACUACCAUGGCACGUCUCCUGCCCGGUGCGGUGCGUGUGCCAGAUCAAGCCGUGGUUCUCCCCUGAUUCCGUGUAUAAUGAAGCUCCCACUGUGGACUGCAAUGACCUGCUAUUGACCAAGCUCCCCUCACCCGUACCCUUGAACACCCACACCCUACGCCUACAGAGUAACCUCCUGUCUGAGAUCGACUCUGAGGUCCUGCACCGACUCCCAAACCUCACAGACCUUUAUCUUUCCCAGAAUCACUUCAGCCAUGUCAGGACAAUAACUCAGAGCUCCUUGUUGCCCUCUCUGCUGUCUCUACACCUGGAAGAAAACAAUCUCAGUCACCUCCCGGAGUCCUCUUUCUCGUCACUGCCAGCUUUGCGAGAGCUAUUUCUCAGCCACAACAACUUACACUCAAUUGCCCCUGGAGCCUUUAGUGGUCUGGACUUUCUAGUACGCCUUCACAUCAACAACAAUCUGCUCAGCACCAUUAAUCCUCGAUGGUUCAGGGCUUUGCCACGUUUAGAAGUUCUCAUGCUUGGGGGAAACCCUGUUGAGGCCCUUCCUGAAAAAGGGUUCCUGGCUCUAAAAUCCCUCCGGAGUCUUGUUCUUGGUGGUAUGGGUCUGAGAGGAUUGGCAGAAAAGGCAUUGGAGGGGUUGGACGGCCUGGAGAGCCUCUCCUUCUACGAUAACUUGUUGACCAAGGUUCCCACACAGGCCCUGAGAAGAGUGCCAGGACUGAAGUUCCUCGACCUCAAUAAGAACCGCAUCAAACUGAUAGAAACCGGAGAUUUCCGAGACAUGGCCCACCUGAAGGAGCUUGGCCUGAACAACAUGGAGGAGCUUGUUUCCAUUGAGAAAGCUGCUCUGGAGAAUCUACCAGAACUCACCAAACUGGAGAUCACCAACAAUCCACGUCUGUCUUACAUUCACCCACAGGCUUUCCUCCGGCUGAACAGGCUGGAGAGCCUUAUGCUUAACUCCAACUCUCUCAGUGCCCUGCACCAGCACAUCAUGGUUUCUCUACCCCGCCUUCAGGAGGUCAGCCUGCACUCCAACCCUCUCCGAUGUGACUGCCUGUUUCACUGGGCUGCGGACGUAGCUUCUCACUCUCACACUGAGAGAGACACACAAACUGAUAAAGACAGUGCUCGGAUUGUGCGUUUCAUCCAACCUCAGGCUACGUUGUGCUCUGAACCACCAGAGCUCAAAGCUCGUAGGGUGAGGGAGGUGUCUACCAGGGAAAUGUCAGCCACCUGCCUCCCCAUGAUCCCCACAGGCUCCCUUCCAUCCUAUGUAAGAGUAAGAGCCGGAGGCAAACUGGUUUUACACUGUAGAGGUCUUGCAGAUCCACAGCCUGAAAUGUACUGGGUGACACCCUCUGGGUUGAGAAUUGGUCCUGCACCCAGCCUGUCAACCAAAGGUUUACCAGUUCCCUGUCACAGCCUGACAACGACUGAAGGAUUCAACCUCACAUCUUCCUCUAGCCAGGUUCAAAGUGACACUCCCUGCAACCCCUCCAAAAACUACAAACUUCUGCCUGAGGGAACUCUGGAGAUCACCAAGGUUACUCCCAGUGAUGCAGGACUUUACACCUGCGUGGCUGAGAACGUGCUCGGAGCAGAUACACACACUGUUACUGUUGACGUACACAGCAGAGAAAAGAAAAGGAAAGCAGGAAUGUUUGCUAAUCUGAAGAGAUUUGCUUUAUUCAGCAAGGAUGUCAGGGUGGAGGUGAAGGAGGUCGGACAAUACUAUGCUAUCCUGUCCUGGCAGAGUGGGCGCAACCUCCCAUCAACACGCCUUUCCUGGCAAGCCAUACACUCCAACACCCACACUCCAAUAUACACCACACGUGUCCUGGCCGGCACACAGAGUUUCAACCUGACCCACCUGCAAGCAGAGACAUUUUACAGAGUGUGUCUACACCUAGGGAUCACUAAGGACGCCAGGCAUUCCAACGGGAGAUCAAAAGCUAACAGAAAUCCUCAGUGUGUUUCAUUCAAGACAAAGUAUGUCCCAGAGCCCGAGCCCAGCCUGCAGCUCAGCCCAGAGCUGACCUCCACUGCAGUUACAUUCAUGCUCCUCACGGUCAUAUUGUUGCUGCUGGUAGGCCAGAGCCGGGACAGUCCACCCAAUAAUGAGGCGGGGAAGCUACACGGUACCCUCCUGCAAAAAAUCCCAAACCCCAAGGCUCUGAUCAUCAAGCUAAACAUCGGGGGAAACAAAGAGCAUCAGUCAAAGCAGGAUGAGAAACUGCUGUUAUAUGAUGACUGCUGAGAUAACGGAGACCAGAAUAAAGAACUGAUUUGUGGACACUCGAUCACUGACACGGAGGAAGAUGAGCAAAAUGAUAAAGAUAAACUCUGUAAAUCUCAGCUGGAAGAAGUCCUGGUCAAAGAAAAGGCAAAGAAAGAGAUUUGUAUUUAUUUUAUAUAAAGUAUAUAUUGGCAUUGUUUUGUGUUAAGAUGUUAUUGUACAGCAUUCCUAAACCCUAACCAGACAAUCAUACCACUGCUGCACAGAGGGUGAACACAGGAGAAACAGUGAGGAGUCUGAGCUGCUGAAACUGAAGAAAACAGUAAUAUAUAUAUAUAUAUCUCCAAGGACGGAUACUUACAAAGAAGAGCAGCUCAGACUUGCCGCGUGCAGGUGUGUGCAUCCACGGACUUGAGACGGAUACCGAGUGAAAUUCCUGCUUGUUUGGGCUCUGUAUGUCAUUGUGAUUGGUGUAAACAACCUGUUUGCUUAGCGCUCAGUAUAAUGGUCUGGGUACUUCAUCCAUUCUUACAGUACAUACGUAUACAGUACACUGAUCCAGAUUUGCCACCUAACACUCUACAUCCUCUUUCAGUAUUAAAGCAUUGACCCAGAAGUGAUUGUGUUAAAUUCUAUUUUGAACUAUUAAACAAUAAAACAAAUCUUUUUAAUGUA